UUGGCGGAGCGGUCGGGUGUAUUCUCCGCACGCCCCCGCCACCCGACCCCACGGCGGAGCCGGCCAGCGCCUCCCGCGGCACCCUCCCGCCUCGGAUCGCUCCUCGCUGGGGCGGGACCUGGCCCGGCGGCUCCGGUCACUAUGAGUGAAACAUCUUUCAACCUAAUAUCAGAAAAAUGUGACAUUCUAUCAAUUCUUCGGGAUCAUCCUGAAAACAGGAUUUACCAGAGGAAAAUCCAGGAACUCAGCAAAAGGUUCACUGCGAUCCGAAAGACCAAAGGGGAUGGGAACUGCUUCUACCGGGCCUUGGGCUAUUCCUACCUGGAAUCUCUGCUGGGGAAGAGCAGAGAGAUCCUCAAGUUCAAAGAGCAUCUACUGCAGACCCCCAAUGACCUUCUGGCUGCCGGCUUUGAGGAGCACAAGUUCCGAAACUUCUUUAAUGCUUUUUACAGCGUGGUGGAGCUAGUAGAGAAGGAUGGCUCGGUGUCCGGCCUGCUGAAGGUGUUCAACGACCAGAGCUCCUCGGACCGAAUCGUGCAGUUCCUGCGCCUGCUCACAUCCGCCUUUAUCAAGAACCGAGCAGACUUCUUCAGACACUUCAUUGAUGAGGAGAUGGACAUCAAAGACUUCUGCACUCAUGAGGUGGAGCCCAUGGCCAUGGAGUGCGACCACAUCCAGAUCACGGCGCUGUCUCAGGCGCUGAACAUUGCCCUACAGGUGGAGUAUGUGGAUGAGAUGGACACCGCCCUGAACCACCACGUGUUCCCUGAGGCUGCCAUCCCUUCCGUUUACCUGCUCUAUAAAACAUCCCACUACAACAUCCUUUAUGCAGCCGAUAAACUUUGAUUAAUUUUAGCCCAUGCAGUGGAACCUGUCACCUAAUGGGACUGACUGCAUUCUGAAUGGAACAUUCUGGCUUUUCAAUUUUUUAAGCAAUUAAGACUGUAGCUAGAAAAUGUACAGCCUUUUGGGCAAAGCCACUGGGAAUGAGACCUACCCAUUAUGGACUGUGGUAAAUUUGUGGUAUUUAUUUAUUUACAUGGAGGACCAAAUGCUUUUUAACUCUGAGCCAGGAAGCCAGGGCCCCUAGCUAUGUACCCCAGUUCCCUGUGAGACCAUGGGUGGGUCAUCAACCCUCUUUGGACCUGUUUCUUCAUCUGGAGGAGGCUCUCACCAGUACUAACAUUCUGUUGUAUAAAAAUGGGGACCUCUGGUUUCUCUUUACCAGGCAUAGUGCCUCUUUGCUGGGGAGGAAAAGCUCAAGGUCAACUGUCUUGACUCAAGUAACUUACCAGGUCUAUAAAAAAAGAAUCCAGUCUGGUCAGUUGUUGGACUGGGCUUUUGUGAUGGCUGACUGAAGUAAUGGCCUAUUGAAGCCAACUUGAAUGUGAGGGCUUCAGUGUGGUUCCAAACAUUUAUGAUGGGUGUGUUUUCCUAUCCUUAGGAGAAAAAAAAGAGACUAUGCCAAAGUUCAGAAAGGGGCCUUUAGCCUUCAUAAUGAAGCUUGGGUUGUUGGGGCCCCCUCUACCUCAUUCAGGGCCAGAACUGCCUGACUCUCAGAGGGCAGGCCCUUCAGGGUUCUGCUGUCAGCCGACCUACACAGAGGAUUGAACAAGACCAGGGUUUGGAGCAGAAUUUGUGUAUUUAUGUCUGGGACCAGGAAGUUUCUGCUGUCCCAUCAUCCCCAACAAAUCCUAGAAGUAGAGUCUAGAUACUCAGCUUGGUAGAGAUAUCCACAUGCCGCUGUGGACUCCAGUUGGGCAGAGCGCACGUUUUGUUGUGUUUGUCUCUGGCUUUUCUCUUUCCCCCUUCUGUUCUUAUAG